AACAUACUUUUUUGCUUAUUACUUUUGUCAGUAUCUAUACCACUUAAAUGUAGAAUUAUGAACAUCUCUAUUGUAACACUUAGGAAUUUUCUCUUAACUUCACACUAUUAGGUUGUGGGGUUUUUUGUUUAUUUUAUCUUAAUAACAAAAAAUGCAAGUUCAGUCACCAACUUGCCCAGUUACAGUAUUGUAAAAUGCAUGCCAGUUUAUAUAAUGUUUCCUAAUAAUAUGCUGCUCUUUCUGUGGCUUUUUGUCUGGGCAGGUGUAUAUAUAACCCCAAAAAUUAGAUUUAACUCAUUCUUGUGAAUAUCAAAUUAUUUUCCGGUGGUAAGAUAUUAGGGAGAUUAUGAAUUUUGCUUUUAAAAUUUGGAGCUAACUUUUAUGUUUUGGUCAAAUCAUGUUUUCUCAAACACAAACUUCACUGAUUUUUACUUCAGUGAGUUUGCAUAGGACAAGGAAAAUACUAAACAUUCUUUGUUUUUUCUUUUUGUAGACUAUUUAUAUUUAAAUACAGAUGCAUAUGAAAUUAAUGGGACUGCAAGUUUCACGCCCUUAGCUUUAUGUGCCAGCAUCAACUUCACAGGCAUUUAGCAAAAAGAAGAAAAAUGGUCUUUUCCUCUACUAAUUCUUCCAUCUCCUCUUUAUAAGAGGUGGCCAGUGAAUCUGACAUGGCAGCUUAUUUGGGUGGGAUGCUAACUAGCUUUUUUUCCUUUCUCCACCUCCUUGUUAGCUGCUUAGCUGUCCCUGAGAUCAGUUCUCUGAUAGUGCAGCCAUCUGAAUUCUUGGACUGCUGACAGAGCAGGAACAAGGGGCUCAGGGGACAUAGGAGUGCCUUCAUUGGCAGUAGUUUUGGGUUAGCAAAACUAUAGCAUUGGUAGUUUGAGUAGUUCCAGUGACCUGCAACGUGGAAAUGCAUAGAAGAGGAAAAACUUCAGUACUAAAGUUUGCCAAUAGAGCUUUCCCAAAAUAUAGUGGUAAAAGCAAAAAUGUGAUCAUCUGUGAUAGAGUUGCACAAGAUGUUGAAGCAUCCUGUCCAUUUUGAUGUUAUAGGUAAAUUAGAUAAGUGUUUGAACACAGCACAAGUAUGCAGUCUGCUAAUGUACUUCUGAAAAAAAUUGUAAGAAGUUCUGUCCUUCCGUUUGCUGCACAGCAUGGGAUGAAAAAGGACUUGUUUCCACUCAGUAGAACUCUGAGUUUAUCACUUUGCCUGAAGCAGGACAAUUCAUGCAAUCCCCCCAAAAAACUAGAUUUAGAUGCAUGGAAAAAGGUAAUGAAGUCAGGGUUGCAAGAAGAAGUCAGUGAGACUGUCUCUGAGUGUAAGGAGCUUUCCACUUUGGCUGCUGCACGUGAGCUUUUGGAGAUGUGGAGACUAGCUGGCAGAUUGGUUCCAGAAAAUAUCAGUGAUGAACAGCUAAAAACCUUUCUGGAAUGUCCUUCCAAGUCAGCCAAAAAGAAGUAUUUAAGAUAUUUGCAUCUCAAAGAACUGUACAAGAAAAACGACAAAAGAAAGAUGGAUGAGAAAAGGGAAAGGAGGUUGGAAUCACAAGAGCAAGCUUCAAAAACUGAUGAGAACAAAAGGAAUUCAUUUAUAUGUUUGUGGGCCAACUGUAUGGAUAGAGCAUACAGUUGGAGGGUUGCUCAGUCUAUGAUCUUUGGCCAACCUCUAAUAUUUGACAUGUCUUACGAAAAAGAUAUGUCCGUCCGAGAAGUUGCAAAUACAGUGCGACAGAUAGUGUUAAGCGAAGGCUGCAAUCGAAGAUCUGUGGAUCCGUUCCACAUCCACUUCUGUAACUUCAAAGAUGACAGCCUCUAUCAUAAGGAAUUUAUCAAGCAUUAUAGAGAGGCAUGGGGCAAAUUGCUUAUCACUGUGACAGACCAGUGCUACACAGAUGUCUUUCCGAAGGAUAAGCUUAUCUAUCUGACUGCUGAUUCUCCCAAAGUAAUGAAAACAUUCGAUCAUGAUAAAAUCUAUAUUGUUGGGUCAAUGGUUGACAGGAGCAUAAAAACAGGAGUCUCUUUAGCACGGGCAAAGCGAUUGGGGUUGGAGACUGCAGCCCUUCCGUUGGAGAAGUACCUGCUUUGGAAUACUGGUGCUAAAAAUCUCACGCUGGAUCAAAUGAUGCAAAUUUUAUUAACCUUGAAAGAUACUGGAGACUGGAAGAAGGCUCUGGAAUUUGUUCCAAAAAGGAAAUACUGUGGCUUUGUAAGCAAGCCUGUACGUCAACUGCAAAAAACCUUAAACCUCAUCAACACGCUUAAACUUGGAAAGAGACAGGAAGAAGUACAAAAGCAAUUUGCCAAGAGCUACUCUAGGAAGCUAACACAAAAGUAGAGUGACGGGGAAGAGAAUGAUUUAUCACGGGCAAGAUGUGCCCUUGAAUGCUCCAGUUUCUUGGGACUUCUAGAACUGUAUUCAGCUAUUUAUCCCUAAAAAUGCCUUGUUGGUCAAGUUUGAAAGGACUGUUGUUAGGGAUUUUUAAAAAAAAUUACCUUAGUAUUCCAGCUGCUUGAACUUAUUCACACAUUAUUGAAAUUAUGUAAGAGAAAUGUGACAAUCUGUUUUUAAAAUUACUCUGUACAAAGAAUACAAAACUGUUCAGUUGAAUUGUGCUGGGACGAGGGUGACUGUAACUGAAUGCAAAGGUUGCUCUUCAGAGAAUGCCUCAGUGCUUUGAGUUUGCAAGGGGUGGAGGCCAUCUUACUCUAAAAGGUUAGGUAAGGCAAAAUAGAAGAGACCUUUCCCCGUUACUUCUCUCUUUUGAUGUGUAGAUGAAUUGGCUUUUGAUAACUGAACUAAAACCACAUGGUUAAAACCUAGCAUGAGUUUGGGGAGUUGCAUGGUUUGUUUCUGGGUGUUCUAUCUGGCACGAAUCGACUCCCUGUUUGGAAGGAAUAAUUCAAAUUUUCUUGACCCUGCCAAAAAUACACCUUAUGUACUUUUGUGUAAGACUUA